GUUCACAGAAUUUGUCCAUAUCGAGGGGACAAAUUCAGAUUGAGAGCUGUGGAGAGUACGGGUGAGUUUGUUUGUUGUGUUUUUACGGUAGACUAGACACUUGGAAAAUGGAGGCAAAGCAGCUGAAAAGAGAAGUGGAAGCUCUCAUCCGUAACUACAUUGGUCAGAAGCUCAGAGAAAACUCCUUCGAUCCCAAAGGGAAGGGCACAUCCGCAUUGUUGGACGACCUGGCUCACUACGAUUUGGCCAUUAGUGUUGCUCUCUGGUGGCUGCAGAGGGAAAGAGGACUGGACGUUUUUGACAUAGACGUCAUAAGAUUGACAUGCAGCUCAAGAAGCUCCAGGUAUCCUGAUCGCUUAGAGCGGGAGGCCAUGAUCUUGUCAUCCUUCGCUAACAUGAUUAUGGACUGCCUGCCUCUGGAGGAAAUAUUGGCUCUAUACAGAUGUAAACCUGCUGCUUCUUACCCCAACCACCUUUCCAAGGUCUCCAUUGUCUACCCCUUCACUUUGUCCUACCAUCCAUUCGCAAUGCUCGGGUCCUACAAGGCCAUGCACCACUCCAAGAAGCAUAAUCAGACGUUGAACACAUGGCUGACUGAGAGGACAAUGGUGAGUGAGGCGCCCGGACGAGCCUCGUCUUCCUCUUGCUCCUCGCCCCAGUCCUUUCUCAGUGACAGCAGUGAUCAUUGCCAGGAGAAAGCUGAGCACUACGAGCGUUCACAAGAGUCUCUGCAGGACUGAAGCCUGCUUCUGUCCUCAGUCCUUCACUGUUUUUCUGAGUUUUGCACUUCAUGCUGUCUUUACCCUCAGUGUUCACUUUGAAAC